CCCAACCAGGCCACCUGUCCCGCCGCCCUGUCCCACCCUCUCCUCACCCCCGUCCCCCGCCCUUUCCCCCGCGCCCUCCGCGUCCCAGCAUGCCUACCUGCAGGCGCAAACGCGUGGUCCUCAUCGAGCCCACUCCGGAGCUCCUCCUCGCCGCAAAGACCAACCCCAACAAGGAGGUCUACUUCCUAGGCCAAACCGGCGAGAUCUUCGAGACUUACGAGGCGUAUGCCGCACGCAUGUCAUUCUAUCGCCUGAAACAGUUCCAAUGCGAAGUCACAGGCAAGAGUGGCCUCGACUAUUUCCAAGCUAUGGAGAGUGAGCGGCAGGAGGCCCGUACAAUGCAUUCGAGGUUCCCGGAUCCUCUCAAGGCUGCGGUAUUGAGAGCAGUUCAGUGGCAGGUGAUGGGCCGCCUUGACCACCUAGUAGAGGAAGUAUACCAACGCUUCAAGGAUCGCUUCUACCCUAACGAAAGAGUUCUAGUUGAAAUCGAAGGAGAGAAGUGCAUACUCGCCCGCUUGAUUCAAGUCAUGCCGCCCAAGACCGAGCUCGAGCGCUGCGGCAUCUACUCCACGACUCCCCUGCCAGACGACUUUCCACCUCUCCACAAGAUCGCUGAGGACAUCAAGAUUCCCGUUAAGGAAGGCAACGCGAAGGAUGAUCCCGCGAAGUACGUCUACAAGGUGCAGAUCCUUGACCCCGAGCAACAGCCGGGGAGUAAGAGCCACGACAAGCAUAAAGGCAAGGACGCCGCGAAGUUCAGUGGCCGGGACAGGCUCACCUUCUCGAAGUCCAUCUUGCGGCGGUUCAUCCGCGACUGCGUAGACCGCGCACCUGCGGUGGCUUCGCCUUGGACAGUGAAGACACCAAUCGCGUUGCGGUAUGGCGUGAACACCGUCAUGCCCGAGGAGACGCGUCGCGGCGUGGACGCGAUCAAGAAAGGCGAGACGGAUAAGCGGAAGAAGGUCUGGGAGGAGAAAGAGGGACCUGUGACGAAGAAGCAGAAGAAGAUGACUGCUGCCGCAGAGGAGAAAGUCAAAGCCCUUGCCGCAGCAGCGGAGAAGCGCGACCAGGAUGCUCGCGAGAAAGCUGAGAAAGCCCAGCAUGAGAAGGAACGACUUGCCGCGGAGAAGGCCAAGAAGAAACCUAUCCGUUACCCUACAGAGGACCUCGACGUCGUCCUCGGCGACAGGGAGAAGCGGGCGGGCAUGAAGCUCAAACGGCCCGUGCCAAGUCGAGUUGCUAUGCCCUUCGCGUUUCUCAUGGUCUGGAAUUUCCUUGUUGUCUAUGGUCAACCGCUGCAUCUAUCGCCUUUCACUAUGGAUGAGUUCGAGGCAGCUCUCCAGAUACAUGCCACACUGGUAUACAACCUGCGGACUGUCCCAUUCCAGCGACAUAGUGCUGUCAUGUCGUUGUAUGAAGAAAAAGAAACUGCUAAUGGCGGCGACGACUUGCUCUUUGGCGUGUCUCUUGAUCAGCUAAUUGAGUUGUGGCGGAUAUGGGGCUGGGAGGAAUCGCUCAUCGGAUGUUUGAAAGACCACGCGGACUACGAGAACUUCCCUCAAAUGCGAGAGAUCUUCACAAAACUGUUGUUUGCUCCCGAGCCUGCUACCGAAGCGUCGACGUCUGCUACUUCAUCUCCAUCGUCGAGUCCGGCGCCGGUCACUCUCGCCGUGCUAUCUCAUCCGAGCUUUCGGUAUUACACCCUCUCAGCCGCAGAACGAGUAGCCAUACUAGCCUUCAUGUGCAACCUGGCGAUUUCAAGCAAGGCCAUCCAUAGUCAUAUGGAGCGGUGCGAAGAGCAGCUGACCGCCCUACGCAAGGAGAAGAUCGAAGUGAAUAGGACAAAGAAGCAAUACUUGGAAGAGAUGGGCGCAUUAGGCGACGUCAAGGCCGCCGAGGCAGCUCUGAACGGCAACGCAGCCGACCAGGACGUCAAGAUGCAAGAUUCUUCUGACCUUUCUGAUCUGCCCGGCUCUGACGAUGAGACGGAGCGGCGCCGCAAGGAGACGCGCCGGACAGCGGCGAAGGAUCGGGAACUCGCACGCGUGAAGGCUGCGUCGACAAAGCAGGCGAUCGCAGAGCACCGCCGGCUGGACGAGGAGGUCAACAAGCUCGAGCGUCGCCUGGAGGGCAUCGAGCGGGAGUUCAGGAAGCUGCUGGGCUCGGUACGAGCCAAGCCGCUGGGGAAGGACCGGUUCUACAAUCGGAUAUGGUGGUUCGACGGGAUGGGCGCGGCGUCGCUCGUGGGCAGCGGAGGCACGAUACAGUAUGGCUCUGGUCGUGUCUUCGUGCAGGGCCCAAGCGAGUUCGAUAUCGAGAUUCUGCAGCGGAGGGAGGGAGACGUGACUGGGCGGCGGAAGGUAGAGGAGGGCGAGGAAGGUAUGCUAGGAGUGGGCGAGUGGGCGGUAUUCAACGAUCUCGAAGAGCUGGAUGCCUUCGUGGCCUGGUUGAAUCCGAAGGGUGUCCGUGAGCUGGCCCUCAAGAACGCUUUCUCGAAGUGGUGGUCGCAUCUUGCACCCGGCAUGCGCCGUCGCAGUGCGGAUCUGGCUGCCAAGAUUGUACAGCCUGAGGCACGACGAAGUAUGCGCACGAAACACGCCGCCGCGGACAUCUCUCGCGAGCCGUAUAUGCAAUGGACCAACAAGAAGGGCGCCGGCGCAUCUUGAAUGACGCACCCGAGUCGUGUUAUAUUAUCUGCACCAUGUUUCCUCGUUCGCGAGCACUGUUUACUGCAUUGCAUGUCACGAUUAUUGUUUGGAAUAGAACUCAAUGUAAUGUUGCGCAUGUACGCGCUUGGUCACGC